AUGUCCAAAGUAUUGACAGUAUUCGGCGCCACUGGCAACCAAGGCGGUGCGGUUAUCCAAUCCAUUCUACAACAUGCGUCGUUCUCGAAAGAAUACAAACUCCGGGGUGUGACUCGAUCUUUGGAGAAUGAUCGAUCAGUGGAACUGGUUCGACAAGGAGUCCAGAUGGUUCAGGCCGACAUGAACGAUGAAGCAGCAGUACGAAAAGCCAUCGAAGGGUCUGACGUCGUGUUUGCCAUGACAAAUUUCUGGGUGUCUCGAUCCGCGGAAGUUGAGAUAGCACAGGGUAAAUACAUUGCAGACGCCUGCAAGUCUUUUGGUGUUGAGUUACUCUUCUGGUCUACGCUCUGCAAUGCAACCUCAGUCAGCGGCGGAAAGCUUGUGAAUGUUCGCCAUUUCGAUUCCAAAGCAGUAGUGGAAGGCUACAUUCGCUCGAUUGGUAUUCCCGCGGUAUUCCUAAACUUCGGCUGCUUCAUGUCGAACCUGAAAAUAUUUAUGCUGUCAGAGACGAGCGAUGGGUAUACUAUGAGGAGUCCACUACUUGAAACAACAGAGAUUCCUUGGAUAGAUGUUGUGAGUGACACGGGAAAAUGGGUCAUUGCUUCUCUCUUGAAGAGAUCGGAAGCAUUGGGACAGCACUUUGUACUGGCAGUGGGAUGGUAUACGGUCAAAGAGCUUUGCGAGACUUUCUUGAGAGUUACGGGCAAGACUUUGAAACAUGAGCAUGUGUCUGAUGCUGAAUAUGCUGCUUCCGUGGGGCAAGGAGAUUUCCGAGGCUUUUCAGCUGCUGCGAGACUUUGA